AUGUUCUUGGUGGAUUGGUUCUAUGGAGUCCUCGCUUCGCUAGGGCUGUGGCAAAAAGAGGCCAAAAUCCUCUUCUUAGGCCUCGAUAAUGCCGGCAAAACUACCCUGCUUCAUAUGCUGAAAGACGAGAGAUUGGUGCAGCACCAGCCCACACAGUAUCCAACAUCAGAGGAGUUAAGCAUUGGAAAAAUUAAGUUCAAGGCUUUUGAUUUGGGAGGCCAUCAGAUUGCACGGAGAGUUUGGAAAGAUUAUUAUGCCAAGGUGGAUGCAGUUGUUUAUUUGGUGGAUGCUUAUGACAAGGAGAGGUUUGCGGAAUCAAAGAAAGAACUGGAUGCUCUCCUUUCUGAUGAGUCGUUGGCUACUGUUCCCUUCUUGAUUUUGGGCAACAAGAUUGACAUCCCUUAUGCUGCCUCUGAAGAUGAAUUGCGUUACCACAUGGGUUUGACGGGUAUCACUACUGGCAAGGGGAAGGUAAACCUUGCAGAUUCAAAUGUCCGUCCACUUGAAGUUUUCAUGUGUAGCAUUGUCCGCAAAAUGGGCUAUGGAGACGGCUUCAAAUGGGUCUCUCAAUACAUCAAGUAA